AUGCAAGGAUUCGGGGUGGGUUUCCGGUUCCACCCCACCGAGCGUGAGCUCGUUGGUUACUUCCUCCGCAACCGAGCCUCCAUGGGCUCCGAAUUCCGGCCGGGCACAGUCGUUGAAUGCCGUGAUUUCUACGGCAAGACCGAGCCGUGGGUCAUCUGGGACAGCCACGGCGGUCCUGGAUUGGAUGAAGGAGAGUCUCUCUACUUCUUUACCGAGAGGCACAGGCUUCACGGCACCGGAAACCGGUUCAACCGGAAGGUCGGGUCCGGUACAUGGAGCGCUCAACGCCCAUUAAAAGUGGAGCAGAAUGGUGAGGUUAUUGGGAUGAAACGCGAGUUUCGAUAUGAACGCGGUUCCCAUCCUGAUCAAAAUAACUGUUGGCUGAUGCAGGAAUUCGAGAUGGAUGUGAAUGACUCUCUUGUGCUCUGCACCUUGAGGAAAAAGCCAUCACCAGCUGUGGUGGUGGCGGUGCAGGAGAGCAACACCACUCGAAAGAGAAAUGACCCAUGCGGUAAUGAUGACUCAAACCACUUGAAAAGGUUGAGACUUGAUCAACCUACCAGUAACAGCACCGCUGAGGUUGAGAAUUUGUCACAUUAUGAUUGUGAGGUUGUGAAUGUGUCCAAUUCUGUUUGUGUUGACUAUUUUAAACAGUGGCUUCAGAUGGUUUUGGAUGAGGAUCCCAUCAGCGAUGCCUUGUUGGAUGAGUGUCUUGGAGGUACUUCUGGUUUGCCUUCUAUUAAUGAUCCUAGUCUCUUUGAUAUUACUAAUGAUGCAAAUGCAGAUUCCUUCUCACUCAUAAACUGA